AUGGAACAAUCGCUAACGGUAUGGAUAGAAGAUAUGACGCAAAAGCGGUUGCCUUUGGAUGGGAAUAUAAUUAAACAGAAAGCAUUAAAAAUAUUCAAUUAUUUAAAGGAAACAGGACAAUCAACAACCGACGAAGAUAACCACCAAUUCGUGGCUAGCAAAGAUAAUGCACCAGCUCAUGCAACUGAUUUAAGUCAUCCCAAUAUUCAAGUUGAGUUUUUACCGCCCAAUACUACAUCAAUAUUACAACCUUUAGAUCAAGGAAUAAUAUCAACCUUUAAAGCAUACUACAUACGCAAAUCAUUUGAAUUAAUAUUAGAGAAGAUAGAAUCAUUGAAUAUAAUGGUCAAAGAAGUCUGGAAACAGUUCUCAAUUUUAGAUUGCUGUGAAAUCGUCGGCAAAUCACUCAAAGACAUUCGUCAAUCAACACUGAGAGCUUGCUGGAAAGCACUUUUGCCAGAGGUUGUAGUACAGGAAACUGUUGUUCAUCUCGUUGAGGAUGAAUAUGAAAACGUAGUGAGACUGGCAAACGUAAUAAAAGGCGAUGGAUUUGAUGAAAUAAAUGUGGCUGAUAUUCGAGAAUUAGUUGUGGACGACGAAUUAAAUGAAGUAGAUUUAGCAGCAAUGACAAGUGAAGCAUUAUCGAUUGAAGAAAGCUCUGACAACCUCUCUGACGCCGAAAUCAAAAACUUUUCGCUAAAAAGUGUGGAGAAACUUUUAAAUCUGGCGAAGGAGUUGAAAGAGUAUGUUUUGGAAAACGAUCCUCUAAAUAGUAGAGCAGAAAUGUUCAAAAGAAAUCUUGAACAUGAUUUAUCUGCCUACCAGGAAAUCUAUAAAGAUUUACGAAGUAGGACAAAGCUGACAUCAAUAAAAGAUUUUUUAAAACCAGCAAUAAUAGCUGAACCGGAUCAAUGUGAUAGUGGGUCAAGCUCGGAUUUUGAAAUAGGACGACCAAGAGCAAAACGUUUGAAGCAAAUUAUAAUAAGCGAGGACGAGGAAGCGGAUUUGUAG